AUGCCGUUUAUAAAGAAAUAUUUGAAGAAUGCUGUAUCUAAUGGUACGCUAGUGAAAAACGCAUUACCAAAGGAAAAGAAGACUAUUACCGACGAAUCUAUUGAAAAGAAGAUAAGUGACAGCUCACAAUACAUCAAUAAGUUCACAAUACAUGAAAAAAAACCUGUCGAUAAAAACAAGUCUUCUAAAGUUGUUACUAAAAACAAAUCUAAAGCUGUUACCACUGUUGCUACUGCUAUUGCUGUUGUCGCUAAAAAAGAAAAAGAUUUCGGAAAAAACAGCAUAACUGAGAGAACUCUAUCAAAAACUAAGAAGACCAUGAAGGCAUCAUCAGCUAGCAAAACUAAAACUUAUCCUAAAUCGAAGAAAGCAACAACUAAAAUCGUUCCUAAAAAUCCAAAGGUGUCGAAUUGA